GUCGAGGCAGGGAAGACGUGGGAGGGCCUUCUUAACUCGAACCUUUCGGAAGGCUCGCUGACGUUUCCUGGCCUGUCGUUGAUGCGUGGCCCCGCCCGUCGUCUCAUCCUCCCCUCUCUGGGCUUCUGCAAAGUACUCGUACAAGUAGGGUUGAUCAUUUGGGGUUCCUUCAAUCACCUCCCAGCUUUCCCUCCUGCAAAGUACGGUACUCGAGAAGCACCAGUGAUAGCAAUAGCAGUACAGUACAGUACAGUACCGUACAUACACGCACUGCUUCUACAUCCUGCCCACCUCUCGGCCCUCCUGUCUAUCCCAUCCUCUCCCACCCCCCAUCGUCCACUUCUCUGUCCUCUCCGUUUCUGGCCUCUUCCCCUUUCCUUUUCCCCCUUUUCCCCCUCCCUCUCUUUCGCCUUCCUCCGCUUCCUUCUGCCCCCAACUUCCUUUGUUAAACCGCCGUUACUAACAGACACCAGGACCCUUUGAAGUCCAAUUUAACGAAUUUACGACCGGAAUUAAACCCACUCGUCUUACUUCAUCUUCCCCCUAUUGUCCGCCUUGCCUUUUCACCAACCAGAACAUCUCGUCACGAAAUACAUCAUUUGAACAGUUAUACUUUACGUUUUCUGUACAUCCUUUUUACGCACGAAUUAACGACGUCCAACGAUCAUCGCCAAAACUGAUACCCUCUUAUUUAAACAGCAGGAACCCUUUCUUUCUUCCUGUCUUUUGCAAUAUCCCAUAUUCUGCCCCCCCCCCCCUCCACGUCCGCGCCCUUCGCGAUAACCUCAGCAAAUCAACAUGAGCUCCGGAUCCCCAACCGUCAAUCUACCAAAUGAUGGCCAAUCUUCGAAUGGUGGCCCAAUUCGUUCGUUCUAUCUUCAUCCACUGACUAGAAAAAAAGAAAAAAAGAAACAACCGUUUUCUAACCUUACUUUGUGUUACAGAAGCUCCUCGAGUUGUACCUUUAACCUGCCAUGGCCACUCUCGGCCUGUCACCCAUCUUUCAUUUUCGCCUAUGUUAGCAGACGAUGAAUACUAUUUAAUAUCCGCUUGCAAGGGUUAGGACAAACAUUGAGUCUACUUGUAGCGCUGUUUAGCGCUGGACAUUGAUACUAACUCUGGUUCAGAUAAUAAUCCAAUGCUUCGAGAUGGCAUUACGGGCGAUUGGUAAGUUUGGUUGCUGACUCUGAAGGCCCCGGUGAGGUCUGAUGUUGUUUUAAUUAGGAUUGGGACUUUCUUAGGCCACAAAGGUGCCGUGUGGCAGGCAAGGCUUUCCAAUGAUGCAGCUUUAGCGGCUACUGCUUCUGCAGAUUUUUCUGCGUGAGUCGAGACAAGUCAAGAGCCGAUAACGCUCGGCCUAGCUAUUUGUUUCUAACCAUUGCGCAGGAAAAUCUGGGACACCUUUACUGGUGAAUGCUUGCAAACCCUCCAACACAAUCACAUAGUUCGCGCGGCUACUUUUUCGCCAAAUCCUACACAUGUCGCAACUGGCGGUCAGGAGAAAAAGUUACGAGUGUAUGACCUGGCGCACCCGGAAACGCCAAUGGAGAUUGGUGCCCAGACCCAUACAGGAACUAUCAAGUCUAUUGUUUGGUCGGACCCCAACUCCAUCCUCUCGGCCUCCGAUGACCGAAAACUGCGUUGGUGGGAUACUAGAUCCAGGGAGCUUGUGUCAAAGUUCGAUGUCGACGAGCUCAUUGGAUCUUGUGAAUUGAGUCCUGAAGGAAAUUUGAUCAGCGCAACAGCUGGGAAGACAGUGUAUUUCUUCAAUGCACAAAGCAGACAGUUGAUCAAGAGCAUCUCAACAGCAUACGAAGUAUCUUCUGUAGCACUUCAUCAACAAACUAUGCGGUUUAUAACAGGUGGAAGUUCGGAUACUUGGGUCAGGGUUUACGAUUAUGACACUGAGGCCGAGCUCGAUAUUUACAAAGGCCACCAUGGAAGUAUAUGGAGCGUCAGCUUUUCCCCGGAUGGAAAGCUUUAUGCAACAGGUUCUGAAGACGGUACAAUAAAAUUGGUAAGUCAUCUUUGCAAGUAGGCCAGUUUAUCACGUGGUCUAAAUUCGUAUAAUUUACAGUGGAAAUACACCAACCAGCCGUAUGGCUUGUGGAAAUGAGCGCUCUAGUGUGAAAGAUGUAUGAGUCGAGCAAAGUGUAGAUUUCUUGCUAGUGACUACAAUUGCAUACUGUAUCUCGAUUCCAUACAGAUGCCUGACAUUAGCGCCAGAUGGAAUUAUCACGUUUUGUGUUUCCUUAUAUCCCCUACGGAGUAGGGAAAGACCAUAGGUCUAAAAGAGCGGAUAGGCCAUCUAAUGAGAACUAAAUUGCGGGGUCAUAUUAAAGUCAAGUACAUUUGCUAUAUCGCUUGUGCAAAAUACAUC